GUUUAUCAAUGGUUAUAUCAAAGUAUUAAGUAUUGGAGAAAGGUUUAUCAGUUAGAAUUAAUGUAUUUCGUGACUCUGGUGGUUCUUUCCUUGUAUCAAUCAAGAAAAGAGCCUGUUUUAUGUUUUCCACUGCAUUUUGACGUAUAAUAAUUCAUUCAUACCAAUGUCUUCAUUAUUUUCAUCAUUCUGGAGAUGCAAUUCUCAGCUGAAACUUUGUGCUACUUCAUUGCAAAAUGUGAUAGGUAUAUUAACAGUACGCAAUAAAUGUAAAGAUGUUGAACUCCCAUCAAACAGUGGUGCCAAAUCUGGAACAUUCAGAAGAAUUGUUCACUAUUCAGAUAAGUAUACAGUUGAACCCUUGAGGAUAACUAGAUUAGGAGGAAGAGAUCCAGUAUCAGGCAGAGUUGUGAUCAAAGGUAUUGGAGGGGGAAUCAAAAGGAAAUACCAUUGGAUUGAAUGGAAAAGAGAAGCUCCGAAGGAUGGUCCACCAGUAGUUGAGAAAGUUAUUGAAAUCAUGAUUGAUUGGUGCAGAACCAGUAGAAUAGCUCUUGUAGCUGGAGGUGAUAAAAUGAAGUAUUACCUUGCAACAGAAAACAUGAAGGCUGGUGAUAUCAUUACCACCACCAACCAUAUACCUAGAAUACCAGUGUUAGCCAAAGAGGGAAAUGCUCAUCCAUUAGGAGCUUUACCUAAUGGUACUUUAGUGAACAAUAUAGAGAAGUACCCUGGUCGAGGAGGCUGGUACAUUCAUGCAGCAGGUUCUUCUGCAACUGUGCUGAGGAAGAUGAGUAACUUAGUAGUUAUUCAACUACCAUCAAAACAUGAGGUCGCCCUUCCUCAGGAGUGUAUGGCCACAGUUGGUCGCCUUUCGAAUGUUGAGCAUGCCAGCACUCCUAUUGGUAGUGCCCAAAGAAACCGUGAAUUAGGCAACCGGCCUAGAUCUGGACUUUGGAAAAGGAAAGAUGGUCGUUACGGAAGAAAAAUUAAAGCUCUUCCUCCCAUGAAAAUUAUUAAAGCAAUUGAUAAACCUAUUUAUGAAAAAGAAAUCAAAUUGACCAUGAACAAUGAUAUGUAUUAUGGUCAUAAGUUGUGGAGUGAUCGUGUUAACUAGACUUCAUCUUCACUAUAAUGUAUCUGAUUUUAUAAUAUUUAUUAGCAGGAUUAAUUAUUAUUGCUAUAAAUACAAAUGUCUCUGUGCCUUUUAUUUAAUAUUGUAUAUUAAAGUAAUAUGAGAUAACUGGCUUAUUUAAAUAAAGAAAAAUAGCUGAUAAAGAUAAUAAGUAACAUUUUUCAAAUUCCUCGUGGCUGCUCUAUGCAGUUGUCAAAGUUUGGUUACCGCAUGUCAUCUUUACUAUCAAGAAAAAUUUUAUUUGGAUGAAAUUAGACAAUAUUAGUAUUUUUCA